ACGCUAGCUCUCGAUUUUAUGUCUAAGCAACGGUGGCAAACUAUGCAGCAAACGAAGGAGCACGACAGCACGACAAAGCAAGGCACUGAAAAUCAACGGGUAAGAGACAAGCAUGUGAGGGAUCUGAUGGUGGGCAAGAGGAGACUAGUGGAGGUGCCCUACACGGCCUCGCUUGCCCACACGAUGAACGCGCUGGUGGCUAACAAGGUCGUUGCAGUGCCGGUGGCUGCGCCGCCAGGUCACUGGAUUGGAGCCGGCGGGUCUAUGAUUAUGGAGUCCGAUAAGCAGACGGGGGCUGUACGGAAGCAUUAUAUAGGGAUGGUCACCAUGCUAGAUAUCCUGUCCUAUAUCGCUGGAGAUGAUGAUCAUGAUCAGAUGAACGGCACCGGCGAUGUGUCUGAUAUUGAUGUGAAGAUGGCGGUCCCAGUUUCAUCCAUCAUAGGGCACUGCCUUGAAGGUCUUAGUCUAUGGACCUUAAACCAUAAUACUAGUUUGUUAGAUUGUAUGGAACUGUUUAGCAAAGGAAUCCACCGGGCUUUGGUACCACUGGACAGCCACAUGGAAAACAUAUCGGGAGUGGAACUUGUCGAGUCUGCAUCGAGCUAUCGAAUGCUUACACAAAUGGACUUGUUAAUGUUCUUGAAGGAACAUGCAUCUGACAUACAAGGUAUCAUUUCGCGCACAGUGAGAGAAUCGGGAGCGGUUACUGCGAAUGUUUUUGCCAUCACUGAGCGCACAACAGUCAUUGAAGCCAUCAAGUGCAUGAGGGCUGCUAUGCUUAAUGCUGUUCCUAUAAUCAGAGCCUCCACUGAUGCUCAUGAAGAUCAUAGUCAGCUUAAAAAUGGCAGGGGUAGGAAACUAGUAGGUACAUUUUCCGCAACAGAUUUGAGGGGUUGCCAUCUCGCCACGCUGCAAUCAUGGUUGCCUUUGAGCGCACUAGACUUUACCGAGAGCGUCUCAAAAAGCCCUUUAUAUGAAGCUUCGGAUUCACCAAGGGAGCUUGUUACUUGCGUAGCCGAAUCAUCCCUCGCAGAGGUGAUUGACAAAGCAGUGACCAAACAUGUGCACCGAGUUUGGGUCGUGGACCAACAGGGUUUACUUGUUGGACUUGUUUCACUCACAGACAUGAUUAGAGUGCUAAUGCUUGCUCUGCUCUCACAUUCCCAGGCGAUGUGAGAGGCUUUCGUGGUUUCUAUUUUGGACUCUUCAUGUUAAGUUAUUGUUAACUACCUUUGGCAAGCUGGAUGUUGCACUCUCACGUCGAUUAGUGUGAAAAUCAGGGACCCAGAAUCUUGAGAGUUGUGCCAACUCGACAAAUUGGCAGUGAUGACAGCAUUAUAUUUGUUUUCUAGCUAACCAAACAAGUUUUUUCUGUUUUUCAGUGUAAUGUUAUGUUCGAAAACUUAUUUAUAGACGAAUCCAUUAUGACAUGUAUGUGUGUGGUAAGA